ACUCAGGCUUCCAGGAUGCCCUUCCCUGCCUCCUGGCCCUGCCCUCCUCCCUGCCUGCUGCUGACUCUCCUGCUGGGCCUCCCAGGAGGGGCAGGUGAGGAGCUGCAGGUGAUUCAGCCUCAGACGUCAGUGUCCGUCGCAGCUGGAGAGACGGCCACUCUGAGCUGCACUGUGACCACCAUAUUCCCGGUGGGGCCUGUCAGGUGGUUCAGAGGGACAGGGCCAGGCCGAGAGUUAGUCUAUAAUUUCAGUGGAGGCCAAUUCCCCCGAGUAACAAGUGUUGCAGACACCACGAGGAGAAACAACACGGACUUUUCCAUCUGCAUCAAUAACAUCACCCCAGCAGACACAGGGACCUACUACUGUGUGAAAUUCCGGAGAGGAAUCGCUGAUAAUGACAAGGAGUUCAAGUCUGGAGCAGGCACUCAGCUCAGCGUGAGUGGAGGGGCAGUUGAGGAGCUGCAGGUGAUUCAGCCUCAGAAGUCAGUGUCCGUCGCAGCAGGAGAGACGGCCACUCUGAGCUGCACCGUGACAUCCCUGACCCCCGUGGGGCCCAUCAAGUGGUUCAGAGGGACAGGGCCUGGCCGGGAGUUAAUCUAUGAUUUCAGAGGAGGCCUCUUCCCCCGAGUAAUAAGUGCUGCACACUUCACGAGGAGAAACAACACAGACUUUUCCAUCCGCAUCAGUAACAUCACCCCAGCAGACACAGGGACCUACUACUGUGUGAAGUUCCGGAAAGAAGCCGGUGAUGACAAGGAGUUCAAGUCAGGAGCAGGCACUCAGCUCAGCGUGAGUGCCAAACCCUCUCCCCCUGUGGUAUCGGGCCCCACGGGCAGGUCGCCGCCUGGGCAGACAGUGAGCUUCACCUGCAAGUCCCACGGCUUCUCCCCAAGAAACAUCCUCCUGAAGUGGUUCAAGGAUAGGAACGAGCUGCCAGCCUCCCAGACCAUCGUGGACCCAGAGGGAGACAGCCCUUCCUACAGUAUCUCCAGCACAGCCAGGGUGCUGCUGGCCCCGAGGGAUGUUCGCUCCCAGGUCAUCUGCCAGGUGGCCCAUGACACCCUAAAGGGGGACCCUCCUCUUCGUGGGACUGCCAACCUCUCUGAGGCCAUCCGAGUGCCGCCCACCUUGGAGGUCACCCAGCACACGGUGUCAGAGACCCAGAUGAAUGCCAUCACCUGCCUGGUGAGGAACUUCUACCCCCAGCGCCUGCAGCUGACCUGGCUGGAGAACGGAAACAUGUCCCGAACAGAAACAGCCUUGAGCCUCGUAGAGAACCAGGACCGGACCUUCACCAGGAUGAGCUGGCUCCUGGUGAACCUGUCUGCCCACAAGGAGGGUGCGAAGCUCACCUGCCAGGUGGAGCACGAUGGGCAGCCGGCGAUCACCGAAUUCGUCACCCUCAUGGCCUCUGCUCACCAGGACAAAGACAAAGGUCCAGGGACAUCUGCUGUUAUCUUUGUGACUUUCCUCCUGGGCUUCAAGGUGCUGCUCGUGAUGAGUUUUAUAGUCACCUACAUCCACAGGUGGAGGAACCUGUAGCUGCUCUUCUCUGCCACGCAAUGUAUUGCCUUCUGCCCUCUCUAAUGAGCUUAGGAAGGGAAAAGCUGCACCGACCUGCAGAUUAUCCAAGGCCCCUGCCCUUCACUCUGUGAAACCCACCUCCACCAGAAUAUGCUCCUUCCCACACCCUCCUGAUGUUGCUUAUCUCUGAUACUAAGACUGAGGCAGGGAUGGAUGGCCUUUGCUCACAGAGACU